AUGGCUAGUUCAGAUCCCUGCGAACUGCCUCCACCAGAGAAGCGAGCCCGAUAUAGCCUUACAGAGCAGAUGCUCCCAAUACCUCCCACACGAUUUCUUGCUCCGCCCAUAUGGCAACGAGUUGAGGAUGAAGAAGAGGAGAUGUUUGGACAUUUAGUGGCGCUUCGACUCUCAAAACUCAGCACGAAAGCACGAGAACUGGCCAAGAUGCGGGUCUUGCAAGUGUUAUUCGAUGUGCAGUUUGGCGCUGGCGCUAAUCCCUCAUCAUGA